ACUGGGUUUUGGAUCCCAAACACCCAAGGGACGCACCCUAGAGAGAGAGCACCUUGGGAUCAUUCUUGGAGAUAUUUUGGAGGAUUUCUUCACCAUUGGAGCUCGGGAAUCAAGCUUGGAGAUGGAGAUUGAAGAUCUAGAUCGGAUUUAUGCAUUCUGUCUCUUCUCUAUGAAGUAACUUCCCUUCACGUAGGUUUUGAGGAACCCUAGAUUUGUAUGCUAUGAAGAUUUGUAUGAACUCAAAUUCAUGAUUGAUUGACGUUUUAUAUUCAGUUGAGGUUUUUUAUUCAGAAUUGCAUGAGUCCUGAUCAAAUUUCCGUUGUUCCUACUUUAACCUAGAAUGAUAGUCUCUGUAUAGGUAAAUAGAGCAACCUGAAUUGGAAGUAGUGAAUCGAUUGCUUUAGUUGAGAAGUCGAUUCACUGCUGUGUACUGGAAUUGAAGCCAGUAAAGGAAGUUUGGUGUGUUCUUGCUUUGGUUAGCUUACCCUGGUUGAGGUUAGUUGCUCCCCGGGUAUUCAAGCUAAGAGGGUCUGGUUUACUUAAGUCGAGAUUCCAAGCUUGUCAAGAACUUUUCGCAGUAUAUCCCUCAACUGAAUUGGAUUGGGUGAAUUACAACUUGGUCUAACUGCAGAUUAGGAGAAAUCAUACCUAAGUGAGUUCUCAACUUGUAAUUAGUAGUGUAACCUUAGUUUAGUUAGUAGAGUAAUUUAGUUAAUCAAUCCUUAUUCUGGUUUGCUAGAUAAUGAAUUGAAGCUGAGUAAUAGUAACUCUAGAGACCCGAUUCGACAUUUAUUACUUGUAUCACUAUAUUGCAGUCCCUUUUAUUGUUUACACUUGGCCAUUGUUAGAAGUUGUGUUUUAGCGAGUCAGUGACGCAUCAAGUUUUAGUGCCAUUGUUGGGGACUUAAGGUAACUAGUUGAAAGAGUUAGGUUGUUAGUUUAGUCAUUCUUAUUUUUUUUAUAUUAGUGUAGUAGUUUCUGUUGGUUUGUGCUUUGUUUACCUACUCUUCUCCCCUAAGGGUAGUUUGUGGGUGUUUGAUUUUCUUUUUAGUGUUUUUGGUGUUUCUAGCCAUUGAAACAUGGACCCCCAUAACUUCAACAGAGUAUUGGUCAUAUCAACCGUCCAUCGAAUGGUGUUACCCUGGUACUUCAAGUAGAAAUGAAGGGCAAGGAUCCCUGUUUCAAGAAGAACCACUUCUCCAUAAUCACCAAUCAUACCCCCAUGGUUACAAAGCUACACCAACAUCAUAUCAAGAACCACAUCCACAACCUAGGUGUGAAGACCAAGUUGGACAUGGCCCUUGAGCGAUUUAAAUCAAGUAUGAAUCGUGUGGAGGGCAUUGAAACAACUCACCCUACUCCAAUCCCACAACCAAAAAGCCUCUUGGAGCUCGAAUUUGAAGAAUUCAUGGCCUGGAGUGAGAUAGCACUUCAUCUUCCACCACCACCAAAGUCCAAAAGCAUAAUAGAGCUAGCAUACGAGCGCUUCAAAUUCCCAAUGGAGUGCAUAGAUAUAAGCCAUCCCAACAUUCCUCUGGGGUGCUUCUGCAUCAAAGACCUUAAUCGAGAAGAAAAGUGGAUCAAAGAGGUGGAGACGGAAGGGAAACCUCCCAACAUAGGAGGUCUCAACUCUUCUCCUUGAGAACUCCUCUUUGAACAUGAAGACUUUGGAAGAUAAGAGAGAGAUCUUAAACAACUAUGUUUGAGACUCAAUCUAGAAUGCCUCUUGGACACCAUCAAUGAAGUGAAAAGGACGUGUUAGAAGAGGAAGGAGUCUCGACUCUCGAGGGUGGACAAGAAAGAGAACAUUGAUGAUCCAUCUAUUGAAAAGCUUGCUUUAAAGGCCAUCAUUGUUCCCGAUCAACAAGUAUUAAUGGAUAAGGAAGGGAACAUAGAUGAGGUUGUGAGGAAGGAAGAAGGACGUGAAGGAGAAGAGUUCUCGUAGGUGGAGACUAAAAUUUCAUCAAGUCCACGAGUCAUUUAGAUAAUUUGAAGCAUCCAAUGCUAGCGUCUUGAGACACCACCUCACCGACAAGAACCUCAACUUCAUGGAGGUCCUAAGCUGGACUGAAUACUUGAAGGCAAGCGUCCGACGAUAAGACGUGAAAGACACAUUUGUUUGGAGGUACCCCAACAACCAGUUUGCAUUUCCUUUACCUUUUUCCAAUAAUAACUAGCAUGUUUGAUUUUGCUUUAAGUAGUAUCUAUAUUUUUAGCUAGUCAGUGAAUCCAUUCUAUGUAAAGAAAUACAUGAAUUAUUGUUUGGAGACUAUGUAGGUCCUUAAGGAAUGGUCACAAAUAUUGUUGUUGCUAAUCAUGUGUACUAGUCUAGCAACUAAGCCACUUAGGGGCUAGUGCAAUAGGAUCAUAAAAUGUAUGCUUAUGAAUGCAUAUGUGUGAUUGGAGGCCUUGGUGCUCUUUAUUUUAAUGAAUUUGUGGAGUUUGAUUGUCGCCCACCAAGUGUUCGAUGAAAUGCCCAAACCACAUAAAUCUUGUUUUUCUUGACCCAUUGCUUUUCAAUUGAACUAUUUUUAUUAAGACAGGCCAUUGGGAGUGUGUUUAUGACUUUAGAUUGAAUCUUUGGCGCAUGAUCCUUGAGGUUGCAACUUCGGCUUACCUUCGAUUGUGUGGGUCAAUAUGCUUUUAGCCAUUAGUUAAAACCUUGGUUGUUGUCUAAUAAGUUGAUUCUAGCCUUCGGUCUAGGAACAAAAACCUCUAGAAAGACAUGAUACCCUUGUUUUUAUGCAUUUAGGCCUCGAUCCUAGUCAUUCCAACAUGGAUUUCUAUCUAUGCACCUCUAGUUUCUACAAUGUACCACUUAAGUGUGGGGGUGUAUAGAGUGAGCCUAAGGAUGAAUUUAAUUGUUCAAUUGCUCAAGUGAGUUGCUAAUGGUUUGUUUGGUUAUGUUUUGUUACUAUUCUAUUAUGAGGGCGAUUCAAACAUAGGUAAGAGGUUUAUUCCUCUUAGCCAUCAACAACGAAGAAACCGAAACUGCCAUUGAUGAGAAGAACCCCAAGUCCCAAGAGAAGAAUCGGGGAGCAACCAUAGCAAGCACAAAAAAUCAACCAACGGAGGAAUCUAUGGACUAUGAUGGACCAUCCAAACAAGAAAGAGCCUCCGAAGUGCAACUACCAUACGAUGCAAGCGUACAUCAAAGGCAACUUUGCAUUGAGGGCCAAUUUCUAUCUUUUCUUUAUUUCUCUUUUUAUUUUAUUCGACUUUAAUUAGUACUUAGACUUAAAUAAUUACCAUGUAUAAUACAUUAUAUGUUUGUGGCAGUUUAGUAUAUAUGUUUUCGGUUCGGAUAGUCGUUUCUUCCUCUUUUUUGUGUGUGCUUAGUGAAAAAUGUCUAGAUCAAUGAAGACCUACACUUGUGCACCCCUCCCCUCAAUCCAGAAACCCCUAUGGUAACAUGUCUUGAACCAUCCAUAUUGCUCCCACAUCGAGGACAAUGUGUCUCUUAAGUGUGGGGGAAUGCAUUGAAUUUAAAAGUUCAUGAUGAUUGUUCCAUAGUCGAUAGUAGUGAUUCGGGUCCAAUUGCACACAUUUUACCCUCUUGAUCUUUAGAUGUUUGAGGCGUUUUCACUCCGUGAUGUUCGGUUUUAUGCUAGGUUGUGCUUGUUUCUAGUGUGUUUCAGAUCCUAGCAGGUGGAAUCGACCUUGGGAAUGUAAGUUGCACAAAAAGGGGUGAAAACGGAUCAAAGGGAGGAAUUAGUGAGGAUCACGGUGGAAUCCUAGUUUUCACUAUCAGUCUGCCCGUGAUAAUGGAGCCCCAACCGUGAAGUGCAGAGGAACCAAAACAUUCCGCGCGCCUCGCGGACCUAACUGAAAUCACCGUCACUCGACCGUGAUAAUUCCCUCCAUACCGUGAUGAGCUUAAGUGAAACGAUGCGCUUUUGCCAAGGAUCACGAUCCAUGCUUGGAGUUCACGGCCGUGAACUGGGAUCGUGAAAAGCCGUCGACUUGGGUAUAAAAGGGGAGUUGAGUUGAAAGAAGAGGAGACACCCUAGUGUGAGAAAAAAUUCUUCUUCCUCAUAUUUCUAGAGAGAGAAAGUGAUGAACAAGAGGGAAGAAGAAGGUUAGGGUUUCAUCCAAGCUCCAAGAUUUGGGAAUCUCAUCCUCAAAGGUUGAUCUCCACACCGAAGGAAGAAGCAAAACAUCUCAAGAUGAUCUUUUCUCUCCUCCUUUGUGUAUUCCCUCAUCUUAGCAUUGAGUAGUUCCCUUAUUUCAGUUGGGUGUUUGUGAAUCCUAGCUAUAAUUAUGUGAAUGUUUGUAUAGAUUGAAUGAUUCGUGUGUGAUUGUGUUUUAAUGCAAGUAUUGAGGUAUAUGCAUGAAGAUUGUAUUGUGUUUUCCAUUUCCAACUCUUAUGCCAAUUUGACCUAGGUAAAGGGAAAUCCCCUUCUUGUUAAGAGGCUUUUAAAAGCUGGAAUUCCUUGGCCAAAUUGAGCCACCUACUUAGGGCGUAUUAGGGUGAUUCGGGUCUAAUUGGACAAAAUUUCCCCCGUUUUCCAUAGAUGUUUGAGGCGCUUUUGCUUCGUGAGGUUCGGUUUUACGCUAGGUUGUGGUUGUUUUUAGUAUAUUUUAGAUCCUAGCAGGUGAAAUCACCCAUGGGAUGAAAAUUGGACGAAAAGGAGCAAAAACAGGUCAAAAGGGAGCAAACAACAGCAGUUCACGGUGGAGGCCAGAAGAUCAUGGUCAGCCAAAAAUGAAGAAGAGGCGCGGGCCGUGAAGCACGUGGAGUCCAGGAGGGUUUUGUAUGCCUCGCAGGCAUUUAGCAAUUCAUGGUCACCCGCCCGCGAAAACCAGCUCCGGAUCGUGAUGCACCUUAAUGAAACAUCGCACUUUUGCUCAACAUCACGGUCCAAGCCAAAUGUUCACAGUUGUGAACUGGGACCCUGAAAUACCGUUGAUCUGGGUAUAUAACGACGGCUGAGCUGAAAGAGAAAAGGAGGGAGAACCUAGUCAGAGAAACUUCUUCUUCAAAUUUCUAGAGUGAGAAAAUGACGAACAAUAGAAGAGGAUAAGUUAGGGUUUCAUCCAAGAGCAAAGUUUUGGGAAUUCCUUCCUCCAAGGUUGAUCUCCACACCACAAGGAAGAAGGCAAACAUCGUCAAUAUGGUUUUCUCUCUUCUUCUUUGUGUGUUCCCUCUGCUUAGCAUGGAGUAGUCCUUUCUUUCACUUGGGUGUUUGUCAACCCUAGCUAGAAUUAUGUGAAUGCAUGUAUGGAUUGAAUGACUUGUGUGUGGUUUUGUUUUAAUACAAGUUAUGAGGUAUUUUCAUGAAGGCUGUGUUGUGUUUUUGCAUUUCCAACUCUUAUGCCAUUUUUGACCUAGGUAGAGGGAAAUCCCCUUCUUGCUAAGAGACUUGUAAAAGCUGGAAUUCCUUGGCCAAAUUGUGUCACCUACUUAGGUUGAAUUAGGGAAAACCUCUUAAUACGUAUUAGCAUCUUGGUUGGUUGUAUUUUGAUCGUUUGACUACGGGUCGAGGGAGAAGGCCAAGCAACCUUUAGCGAUUGGCCAACAGAGCUACCUUGGUAGCUUGAUUCGGAAUCCCUUGGCCUGGUGACUGAGAGAAUGACGUUUGUUCACUUGUUGCGCUUCCCUACGGUUUACAACCUCCUUUACCACACAUUUGCAUUCGAUCCGACAAAUCAUGAUUACUAGUUAGGGGGAGCAACAACCGGGUGAAGCCUUCUCAAUUAGUGUUCAAACCAUUUACUAUUCCAAUUGCUUUAGUUAUAAACCAUAGUUUUAACCAAAAACUGAUUGUUAGAUAAUGUUUCAAACAAUUGAAUUAGGGGUACAUGGACAACGGCCCGGAUUUGACUUUUAAAACAUACUUGCCCUAUAUUGCACCUGGUUAAGGUUUAUUCCUGGGCCUUAAUCGGGAUUUUUAUUGUGAUAUUCGGGAUGAGUCAUAAGGCAAACCUCAUACUACGUUUUAGCACCUUGGGUGGUUGUAUUUUGGUCGUCCGGAAUAUGGUUCGAGGGAGAAGCCUAAGCAACCCUUAGUCGAUUGGCCAAGAGAGCUACUUUGGUAGCUUGAUUUGAUAUCCCUUGGCCUAAUGACCGAUAGAGUGAAGCAUUUUCACUUUUUGCGCUUCCCUAUGGUUUACAACCACUUAUACCACACACUUGCAUUUUGUUCGGCGAAUCAUGAUUACUAGCUAGGGGGAGCAACACCCGGGUAAAGCCUUCUCAAUUAAUGUUCAAAACCAUU